AUGGGUGAUAAAGAAAUAGUGAAACAAUUGCGGGAAAAGCCUGUAUUUUAUGUUAAGGCUGAUAAGGGAAACAAAGUGGUAAUUAUGGACAAAGAAGAUUAUGAUAAUCUGAUAAUUAAAAAAAUCAAUGACGGCCCUUAUAGGAAACAAAGAGCCGACCCCCUUCCAGAUAUUAUUAAAAAAGUAGAUAAAACUCUUCAUGAAUGCAACCCAAACUUCGAUAUCAAUCUCAGUAGUCUCAAAGUUUCUAACCCCUCUUUAUCCAAAAUAAAAGGACUACCAAAGGUUCAUAAACCUGGUAACGAAAUAAGGGAAAUCAUUUCUUCAGUAGGGGCCCCAACUCAAAAAAUAUCCAAAUGGCUAGUAAAAGAAUUCCAAUCUAUGCCAAAAAAAUUCUUCAGUAAAUCAGUUCCUAACACACAGGCAUUCGUUACUCAACUUCAGAAUUCAGGCGAAAGCGAAGAUGACGAAAUGAUGGUAUCUUUUGAUGUAACCGCCUUAUUCCCAAGUGUCCCAGUGAAGGACUCAAUCAAUCUGUUGGAAGAUUGGUUACUUCAACAAAAUAGUAGUAGUUUAUGGAAAUGCAAAGUACGGUCUUAUCUUACUCUAACCCGGCUUUGCAUGGAUGUAAAUUAUUUCAAAUUCAGAGGGAAAUUUUAUAAACAAUUACAAGGGGCACCAAUGGGCAAUCCACUCUCCCCGUUUUUAUGUGUAUUAUUCAUGGCAAACCUUGAAGAACUUUUAAAUAAGCAGGGAUUAUUACCUAAUCGCUGGUGGAGAUACGUAGAUGAUAUAUUUUGCAUCAUCAAACGCAACGAUUUAUCGAACUUCUUAGAAAUAAUUAAUAAUUUACAUAAAAAUAUUAAAUUCACCUAUGAGGAAGAGAAAGACAACAGUUUACCUUUCUUGGACAUUCUUAUUGUCCGGGAGGCAAAAUCCUUAACUUUCGAAAUAUAUAGGAAGCCAACCAAUACGGACCGUGUCAUACCAAAUACUUCUAAUCAUCCCCAUCAACACAAAAUGGCAGCAUUCCACCAUAUGAUUCACAGAAUGCUAUCUUUGCCCCUUAGAAAAGAUGCUGCGAUAAAAGAGAAAAACUUUAUUUUCGAAAUUGGAAAGUUCAAUGGAUAUCCAGAGCAUACAAUUCAAACCAUCUUCGAUAAAAAAUUAAGACUGUUGAAAAAACAAUCACUUACAACUUUGACCCUCACUUCUGGAAAUUUUAAAAGAAUAUCAGUGGACUUCAAUCAAAACAUUUCACACCCACUAAAAUCAAAACUAAGAAAAUUUGUUUUAGAUUUAGUGUUCAGCAGUAUGAACUACCAAUUGAAAACUCUACUAGGUUCUACAAAAGAUCCUACAGAGAAUUUGAAAAAGUCUGGGGUAUACAAAAUCUCGUGUCCUCAUUGCGAUAAAAUAUACAUCGGACAAACAAAGAGAACACUGGACAUUCGCUUCAAGGAACAUAUCUCAGAAAUAGCGAAAGCAUCCAAAGAAUUGGAAAAGGGACUACCACAUCACUUCAAGUCAAAAGUAGCAGAACAUGCCUUUUUUGAAGAUCAUGAACUCACUACUAAUGACAUAAAAAUCUUAAGACAAAUUUCCAAUCCAUGGAAAUUAGAUUCAGCAGAAAGUUUAGAAAUAUUCAAAAACAACUCCAUCUCUUUUUUAAACCGAGACCAAGGGAAUAGAUCUUCUUGGCUUUUUCAGUUACUACCCAUAUCCAAGAUAAAAACAAACAUAGAAAACACUUAACUCUUCCAGUUUUCUGUUACCUGUUUUUACCUUUCAUUUUUUUGUUCCUUUUUUGGUUUACCUACUUACGUUUCUACCUACUUACGUUUGUAUGAAAGGAACUUCACUGCAGCAUUCUUUCAAUAAACUUAUAAAACCGAUACACUGAAGAAGGAUGCAAAUAGCAUUCCGAAAUACGUAUCUGUAUUAUAACGUUUGAAACACUUUCGGAAAAAUAGUGACUGUGAAAAUAGUGACUUUGUGAGAGUGUAAUGACGUGACAUAACAUAGUGGAAUUCAACGGUACAACAACAGUACUAUUAGCGAGAACAUUCUACUAACAGCUCAAACAGAAAUUUAGUCAAUUAAUGUAGUUACGGUCGUUUCUUUGCAAUUUCAGCCUUCAAACGCUCCGAUAACGCUAUAUCAUAUUCAUUUUAAAAGGUAUUUCCUUUCUAAAGAUAGUCGAUAAAUAUUUCACUACGCACAUCUCAAAAUACCGAGGUCAUAACCUUUCCAGCCGAUUGUUGUGCUUUCGGGACGAGGUUGUGACGAUCGUUUUGAUUCCGGAGUGAAGUGAUGAAUCCAUGUUUCAUCUAUUGUCACAUAUCGACGCAAAAAUUCCGGUUUGUUACGUUUAAACAUGGCCAAACACUGCUCAGAAUCAUCAAUACGUUCUGGUUUUUGGUCAACAGAGAGCAAACGCGGCACCCACUUUGAACAGAGCUUUCUCAUAGUCAACUGCUCAUGCAAUUGCCAACACAUUCUUUUGAUAUCUUUACGAUGCAGCUAACUCACACAACUUCACUUUUCGAACAUUCAAAACGAUUUUGUGGAUUUUUUUAUGUUUUCUGGUGUUUCCGCCUCAUUUGGACGUCCCCUGCGUUCAACUAUGGCUAUGGCCACGUUUGAAGUCAGCAAACCAACGUUUCGUGAAGUGGUAGUGCUUAAAAGUUUGAGCACCUCAAAAAAAGUCCCUAUACAAAAUUUGAGCUAAAUCAGAUAUGGGCAAGUGGUGUCGUCCCGCGGUUAAAGUUUGAAAAAUUUCGAUCUUGAAAAAUCACCAUACAUUCAACCUGUAUAUGAAAUUUCCGAAAUAGGACGUCGAGAUCUGAUGUCAUCCCGAAACAUUUUUUUCUGAAAAAAAUCGACUCCCAGGGAAAUCGAAUUUUUCUUAUGCCAAUCAAUGUUGAGAAAAUCAUGAUCAGAAAACGUUAAUUUCAAUAUCACUUGUGAAAAAAUCAGUUCAGGAGAUUUUCUGAAAAAAAAAACUCAGUGACUGAGAAAAUCACUUUCGAGAUUCUCAUUCAUGAAACAAGCAUCCACAAACUCAAAACCUCGAAAUUCUCAAGUGAUUUUCUAUGUCAGCGAAAUUUAAUGACGAAUUUUCACCCACAUCGCGACUGUUUCGAAAUUUUGAUUUUUUCCCAACACUGAUGCCAAAUUUCGGAUGAUUUUCAAGCAGGCCGUAAGAGCAAACGACAGUUUCUCUUUGUUUACUUUCUCUUCUAUUAAGCGAUUUCCACUUUCAUCACUCAACUCUUUUUAUAAAAUGGUAGCCGGAACCUUCGGCUUCCACACAGAAUUGUAAAAUCCAAGAAAACCUAUAAAAUCACGUCACAAUUAUCGAAAGAGAGAGUGAACAAUGAGAAACUUUCACUUGCUCUUACGGCCAUUUCAAAAAUAAAAUAUCGACUAUCGUCAAUCGAAAACUUUUUUUGAUGCCGAAAUAGUGUAAAAUCACCACAAGAUUUAAAAUUUUCACCCAUAUCCGAUUUAGCUCAAAAUUUGCACAGCGACUUUUUUAGAGAUCCUUAAAAUUUUGGGCUUUACGAAAUUAGAGAUGACACCAAAAUAUUGGCACCCCAAUAUAUAUGCUAUAUUUGAAUUUUAGUCAAAAGAAAUUUUUACUUUUUUUGGUGUAUAUCAACCUAUAAUUCCGGAACCGAAAGUCGGAUUCUGACGAAAUUUUUAAAUAUUGUAUGUGACCUGGAACCUUUCCUUUGAAUCUAAGUUUGUGAAAAUUACUUCAGACAUCUCCAAGAAAACUGAGUGACAUUAAUUUCACUGUAAUUCUUGAACCAGACCAAUUGAAGUUCAGGAACUUUGUAUGGGACGAUGAGACCUUUCAUAAGAAUUUAAGUUUAUGAAAAUCGAUUUAGUCAUCUUUGUGAAAAUUCAGUGACAUUAUUUCCAUUUUGUCGGUGUAUAUCACCCUGUAAUGCUGCAGGCAGAAGUCGGAUCCAAAUGAAAUUUAGGAACUUUGUAUGGGACCUUUUUUUUAAAUCCAAGUUUUGAGUGACAAUAUUUGUCACACACAGACAUUUGCUCAGUUCAUCGAUCUGAAUCAAAUGGUAUAUGACAACAAUUUUCAUUUUUUUUCGUAAAAUUUGUUUUUGAAAAAAGUGAGAUACAAACUUUUUUUUUUUUAAUUUUCUCAUAUUUUUCAAUGAAAUGUCGUUUACUUCCUUAAUAACCGACUUCUCCGGAACUAGAAAGACAAACACGUGUCAGCAGUUUUCUUCUUUGAUACUCAUAUGUCAUACUACUCAAUGUUUUAUCAUAAAUUGCUGAUCAUAUUUCCGAUGGUAUUUAGCAAAAAUUGUGUUGAUACGUUAUAUAAUUGCGAUCAAAAACUUAUCACGCUGCCAGAGGGUAAAUUCAGAAAAGGCACCCCAUAGUAAAGUAAGACGUAUUUAGGCCAAAAUUUUCAAAUCGGUCAAACUGUUGUUUAGUUAUUUUUGCACACCAUUUUUACAGGUUGUCCUAGUUUGAAUAUCUCGGGAACAACUCGAUAUUUUUACAUAUAUAUUUAUACUGUACUUAAAAAAAAUAACAACUACAUUAAAAUUUGAGAUUAGACAACGAAUAGUUUUUUUUAAACCCACGAUCGGAAUGAAGGAACGAAAAAUCCCGUUUAUAGAAGAAGCUCCUCUUGAAGCCAUCACACGCCGGGAAUGGUUCAAAACUAAGUUAUUGGGUGCCGUACGUUUCAAGAGAAAGAAAUGUUGAGAAGUGCACUUGUCAGUUGUUCUCUAGAAGACAGUAUCGAAAGGGGUUACAACAUCAUAAAGGGUAGUGCACAAUUUAAAAUCCGCGCACACAAAAUUAAUUCUCAAAAUUCCAGUUUUUGUUCGACUAUCACUAAAUUUUCAGAGAGUAAAACGAAACAAAGUUAGUUUUGGCAUCAUUCAUUCAAUUUAUUUCACCUUUAUAUCUGAAUAAGCAGAUCUUGGGCUUAACCCCAGCAAGGCCUCAAAAUCGACAGUUUUAUUUUGCAUAUUAAUCCACACUUUCUUCAUUUCUUCAACAUCCGUCACUACUUUAGGUUGUUUUGGAAAUUAAAGCUGGACUGGACGCAGUUUCGUAGUGUUUGAGAGAUUCAGAUGUAUCGGCAAGCUAUCGACAUAAUUCGUCUUACAACUCUAGCACGUCCUUAGUGUGGUGGCAUGAUGUUGAAUCCGACCAGACAGUCGGACUGUCGUGAGUCUUCAGGACAGAAAGAAGUCGCUUUUCACAAGUAUAAAUAGCUUGCCAAAUUGAGAACUUCGACUUUUUUGUGUCCGAAGGUCCUCGUAGUCAUCGAACUUAUUCAUGGCAGUCACAGACAAUGUUCUUGGAAUCUGGUUAAAGUUUGCCUUUAACCGUACAUCUUCCGGGUAUAAUGUUUUGUAAUCGUGUUCUGUUUCUCGUCAAUGUUUGGGGACAUCUGAACCAUCAACGUUCGUAAUCCAGGUUGAGUUUUGGUAUUCUGGACGCUCUUGGUCACGUGCAUCUUUCUAACCACAUCUCAAAUUAAGGGCUUCCCUUUUGAGACCCUUAACACGUGAUCGUUCUCGUUAAUCUGAAUCUUUGCUUCCGAUCAACAGUUAGACGUCCUUCUUACCGUUCUAUGAUACCAGGCACCGUUUAAUUCGCGAUUCCCAACUUUUUUUUCCGAUGGCACGAUUCUUAUUUUCAAAGUACUCGUGUAAAAAUUUUUCACGUAACGUACUGUUCUUUGGUCGUCAUUUUGAAGACUUUUGCACACCUCACAGAGAGUAAACAAUACACAUUGAACAAUGUCUAUGCAAAACUUCAAUAAAUUUUACCCAACGGACCAAAAUUGUGCGCGGAUUUUAAAAGGUACACCCUUUAUUGUUUAGGUAUCGUAUUGUACUAUAUCUAUUUGGCCAUAAUCUCGUGACUUUGUUUUCUCCUAAGACUUCAGUAUAAACACUGCGCUUAGAUGCGAAAUAAAUGAUUUGAAAAUAGUAAGGUGGCAUUAGCGGUUCAACAUAAACUGUUAAUGCACUGUUAAAUCGAAGACAAAAAGUAAAACAAAAAAAUAAAAACAAGUCAUGUGCAAUUUAGCACAAACCUCUACUCUUGAUGUACUAAAACCCUUAAAUAACAUAAUACUGUUUCUGGGUAGGGUAGGCAAUCCCAAUCGCAUAUAACAUGCGGUUAUAACAUUUGAUAGCACCAGAAGAGUUUCAUUUCUAGGAACUGCUAAGACCCUCUAAAAAUUGAGGAGCACUCUACCAUCUCACAAACAGUCAUUUUGCUCCAUGACUCGACUGCUCGGCCGCACAUUGCAAUCGUUAUCAAAACUUGCCUCCAAACGCUGAAAUGGGCGCCAUACUGUCUUUAUAUAGCCCUUUUCGGAUUUCUAUCGCUUGAUCUUCCUGGGCAAUUUUUUACUUAAUACAAAGAAUUUAAAAAUGACAUUGACUCAUGGUUUAACUCGAAACCACGAAGGUUUUUUUUCAAAAAGGGUCAAUAAACGAUACCCGAGAUGGGGCAACAGUUUUAUAAAGCUUUAGGCGGUACUCCGAAUGAAAGUCAUGAUCUCAAAACCAACUAAAAAUGGGAGAUUUUUGAAUGGAAAUACCUGUUGAUUGUAGGUCAUGGACUUAAAAUAUUUUAUUAUAAAUCAGUAGUUGCCUUCGAAGGCUAUGCAUUUUUUCUACCUUCAUAACUAGUGAAGUGCUGCUCAGCGAGUACGUGAGGCAUCGAUGGGAACAAUUGAUAGUUGAACGGGACCGAGUCUAGCGAGUAAAGUGGUUGAGAAAAAAGUUCUUAUCUGAGAAAUGAUGUUUUUGUUCGCUUUUGCUUGUAUUGCAAAAUUACUUUCUCAUGUCUUGUGGAGCAUUCUGAUAGUUUUUCGGGCAAUGUUUGCUUCAAUUUCAUCAUUUACUGACAGUACCGAUUAAUAUUUACAGUUUACCAGUUGAUCCCACCAAAGGCACUGCAUCGUUUUCCUUCCAGUUGAUGUUGAUGGUUGGCCAGGGAUGGAUCCAUGGAUUUCAGCGCUUAGAAUUCCCAGAAUAAAUCCAUUUCUCAUCUCCAGUCACGAUCCGGGGCACAAAAACCUUUGUUUCAUGCCGAGUAGAGAUGGAGGGAUUUCGGGAUUUGUCGAUUUCGGAUACAGAAAAAGAUAUCUUUGUUUGGUUCGGGUCGGGUACGUUUUGAAUUUGUUCGGUUUUGUAACUUUUUUUGGGAUCGGGUCGGGAACAGGUAAAAUUUUUAAUUUUUUUAUCGGGUACGGGUCGGGUUCAGAUUUGAAAGAAAGAUUGAUCUCGGGUACGAGUAAAAGUUUUUUAUUUUCGAUCGGGUACGGGUCUGGUUAAAAAAAAAAAAAAAAAAAACGUUUACCCGAUCAUCUCUAAUGCCGAGUCAGCAAAGGUCCACUCAUCGUUUUUCACUAUUCCUGCUUUUUAUCAUGCAGUUUCUAAGGAAUCCAUUUUCCUACCUUCGGAAUCUUUUCUAUGAACUGUAGAUGAUCAGAAAUGGCCUCGCGACUAACGUUUAACCUCUUCACCAUUUGGUGUAGAGUUUGGGUGUCUUAGUUCAAUAAACCUUACAAUUCGGCAUCUUCCAAUAUUUUUGGUUGACCAUCAUCUUCCAAACUAAAAUUCUCACUUCUGAAUCGUUUACUAGUCGUGACCAAAGGAGCGUCAACGAGAAUACUUUUUUUCAGAACAAAGUAAUGAAUCAACACUUCCCGCAAAUGCUCUUUACUUAGCAAGAAUUUGGACCCCACUAAAUGUAUAUUACACUUGCAAACUUGCUAUUAACAAAACUGCAAUGGCUUGUUGGAAUGUGAUGUUACAGUAAAAGUUGACGCAUUAGUUUCGACGGUGAAGUAAUUCCUGUUUGCAGAGAUAUCUCUUCAAAAAAUCCUGCAUUAUUAAUUGGCACACCUGGUAUCGCUUAGCAAAAAUGACUUUCAAAAUUGAUUUGGCGUUUCCAGUCAGAUACGUUUUCUGUUUGUGGUUUUGUGAAUAAAUCCGAUAAUCAACCUAUUCAGCACGUUAGCACGUCGAAUUUCGUGUUUUAUUUUUUCUCUUUUAGUUAAGCUUUCACAAUUAUCAUUGCGUUUACACUAAUCGUAAGAAACAGUAUAUUGUAAUUGGAUAGAACAAAAUAUGUAAAAUAAAAAUGCGUGUGCUAAAAGAUCUCAUGGGGUAGGAUCGUUUUUUUUAUUGUCAUUCUCCUACGGUCAAAUCUAGACAGCUAACAUACUAACUCGACGAAUCGAUGGGACACUAAUAUGAUGUUAAAAAUACACCGAGAAAGCACACACGCGUUUGAGACUAUCUGUGAUACUUUUGCUAAACAAAAUGUUAGAAGUAAAAAUACCAGUUUUAGUUCGAAAUAAAUACAAUUCACAAUCAAUAGAAUCCUUUUCGAUAUCCUGGAACUUGUGGUUCCGAUGAGAUGUUUUUGAUUGAGAUGUAAGGAUGAUAAGUUUUAGGAAACAAAGAUUGUUGUAUUGCAUUGUAUAAUAAGGGAUAUAUUGCAGUGCGUAUUAUAGGAAAUACAAUUUUAUGUCAUUA